AAUUAGUUGAGGAGAUGUGCUCGGUGUGAAAAGUGCGUUUGGUGAUUGUGAUAUUAAUUAAUUAAUUCGAUAAAAAUAUAUUUUAAAAGAUGGAGAAAAUUCUACUCGUGCUCCUGUCAACCUUGACAGCGAUCAACUCGACGCCAGUGACCACGCGACAGAGUUUACAACGCCAGAAGACGAGAGACCAGUUCUGUUCAAACCUCCUAAACUUCAACAACUUCUUCUAUUCAUUAGAAGAACAGAAAAACGUAACCGGGAUCCCAGCCGACAUGAGCAUACACUGGAAAACUGGAAAGAUCUUCUUCACUCUUAUAAGUGAUGAAAUGAAGAUGAGCCUUCAAGUAUUCCAACCAGGGGGAGAAUUAGAAAUCAUUAAAGUCGCCGGCCUCGGUCAGUCAACUUGUGUCGAUAACCUCAACGACAUUGUGUAUUUAGCUACUGAUAACGGAGUGUACAAAUACAAAGACGAUGGCUCUAUAGAACUGCACACGGCGUUAGGAGAAGAUGUCAUGUACAUUGCCGUCAGUAGCGACGGCUCAGCAAUGUAUAUCGCAACAUGGCCGCAAAAUCGAGUCCAUAAAAUUGCAAGCGAUGGUCAGAAACUGGAACCUUUCACAGCCAUUCCAAAUGGGCAUGGAUUGACAGUAGAUCCGAGGAAUAACAUUUAUUUCGUAGCUACGAAAACUUCGUACAUCCUCAAAAAUGGCUACUCGAUUCCUAUUAAAAUAAAAGGGUUGCCAAGUGAUAAAAUGACGGGAGUUUUUGUUAGCAGAUCUGAUGAAGUCUUUGCAAUGGAUGAGAAUAGUAAUCUGUAUGUUGUUGAUCCAGAAAACUCGAGUGCAAGGCAUCUAGGAUCGUUCAGCGUCAGCGGAGUGAAUUCCUUUGCUAUGGAUUCGGCGGAUAAUGUUCUAAUCGGUGUCAAAGGCGCCAUUUUGAAAUUUAAUGCGUAUGAAAAGAGUCCGUGUCCCGAGUUUAGCAAGAAAGGCAAAAGACAUAGUCGCAAGCGAAAGACCAAGAAACGAACAACCACCACUCCUGAACCAACUGAAGAUGAAGAAGAAGAAUAAAAUAAUUAAUUCUAAAUAAUUAAUUUGUUAUGUUAAAUUAUAUUUGUUAAAUAAUACUGUAGUCAUGAUGUUCAAAUCAUUGUUAACACAAUUAUGUUUACGCAAAUAAACACGUUACCAAA